AGGGACGGACGAAAUAGUAAGUUCAUGCGAAUACCUUUCACACGAUUCACUUACCAGGAGGUACUAGUGGCCCGGCUUCAAUUGUAUACAACGAGGGCGGUCACCGUGCAGACGAGGACGAGCUAGACUCCCACCCAGAAGAUGAUUUCGGUCCAUCCCGACCUGCGUCUCGUGUCGUGUCUCGUGCCCCUUCAGUCGCGCCUUCGCGGACACAUUCGCGAGACUCAAUGACAUCAGGUGCGAAGACGCCACAAGGGGGUCCGAGACAGGAGCAGACUUUCGCAGAGCUGCCAAACCGACACCGGACUACCUCCAUCUCACAAUCUGCAACGGCUGCUAAAGCCUCCGCAACUGCUGCAUCUGUGUACUCGGAGCGCACGAGAGAGCUCGAAUUUGAACACACGGUUUCCUCUUCACGAAUCUCUUCCUCAGUGUCUCAUUUCGAACGUGAUCGUAAGGUAUCUUCGUCGACAACGAAAGUGUCUACAACUGCAUCCGUAGUGGACGAAAAGCGUGGCAGGGAGAGUGAGAGAGAAAAAGCGAAAGCCAGAGAGAAAGAGAAGCAGGAACACGAGAGAAGGGAGAAGGAGAGAGAAAGAUUGGAGAGAGAAAGAGAGCGGGAACGGAAAGAGAAUGAGGAGAAGGAAAGGCAGGCACAUGAAAGAGCGCAACGAGAACGAGAAGAGGCAGAAAGGAAGGAACGCGAACUCAAGGAGAGGGAGGAGUGGGAGAGACAAGAGCGGGAACGAGAACAGAGGGAGAGGGAGGUAUGGGAAAGACAAGAGCGGGAACGAGAGCAAAGGGAGAAGGAGGAGAAGGAGCGGAAAGAACGACUGCAAGCAAGAGACAAAUCGAAGACUCCACGAGGAACGAGCAAGCAGAAUUCUCCCAUCGACCUUGCCGAUUCAGUUGUUGGGAAGAGUCCUGGGCGACUUGGUGAAACACUUACCUCUGUCUGGGGAUCCCAGUCCAAAGCGGUUACGCCUGCUGCUUCACCCUGGCCUGCACCGAGAUCCGUUGGGCCCACUACGCCCAAGACAGGGAAUCUAUUGCCUACCGAGUCACGUAAGGCCACACCGCGGAAUGUACAGGCCAAGUUGCCUACCCCGGCUACGCCGGCGCUCGGUGAAGCUCGACAAUCUCUCAUUGUAGAACAGACCGUCGAUGACGCCACGAAGAACCUUUCCGUAGAGGUUCCUCAGCACCAGUAUGUCGGAAGUACCGAAGGCGUUGCACAUACUCCGGCAGACUCUCUACCACCGGACCAGUUUACAACCGGUGGAGUCUCUCAAGAACCUGCAGGAGAUAUCCACACGACCCAAUCGAAUAUGGAGAACCAAACCCAGGAAAGUGCCGUGUCUGGUGCAUUUGAUAGUUGGGACAAUAACGUCACCGGCGGUGACUGGACAUCGGGAGGCCAGAGCGGAGGGGACGGCUGGACCGACCUCGUCUCGCCGUCGGGUGGCAAGGCUGACAAGGCUGGAUCCGCUGCGGGAGCCUCAUCGCUGCCAUCACUUAGUUGGGGAGUGGGCGGCUCCAAUAAAUGGCCUUUCUCGUCUCCGAAAGCGUUCGGCUCGGGUCUCACAGGGGCACUCGGAGGUUUUAGUAGCUUCCUUGGUACAGGCGACCACGGGAAGAGUGAACCGAAGGCAUCAGAGACGCGUGUGGACAGUCUCGAUGACAUUCCGUUGGACGGUAUCACUUCUCAGCUAGAGGACGGACUCACUGAACAACCUCCUGCGGCUGCUACUGUGACAACCGAACCGGAGCAAACUGCUUCGCUGGACACUGGAACUGCGGAUGGCUGGGCUCACGCUUCCGAGGCGCCGGGUGAACCUGCACCUGCACCUGUGACAUUGGAAGAAAAACCCUCUCUGUCGUUGGACCCUCAGGCCCAGACCGAGUCUGGGGAAGCUGGGGAAGCCCAAGAAGAAAACGCGGAAGAGAAGGGUGCUGAAGAUGGCGAAGGCGGUGCUGAGGGUGCCGGAGAAGGUCAGGCAGGAGCUAAUGAAGAGGGAGAAGAAGAUUGGGGACAGCAGACCGGCAAGAAGAAGAAAAAGAAAAGUGGUAAAGAUACCAGCGUCCCGCCGACUCCCAUCGAGCCAACGAGGAGCGGUAGUGGCGGUGGUGGCGAGAAGGCCAGCGGUGGUAAGAAGAAAAAGAAGAGGUAAACAUACUGCCCUCUUUCCCAGAGUCCGUGCGGGUGGUUGUUUAGUAGACGUCUAUGCUCGCGUUUUUGUAUGCACCCUACGUUUUUGUUUUACUUACCUUUGGUCCCACGAUGUAGUUUCUUGAUUGAUAAUUAGAUGUAUUUCUUGAAAACCAGAAACUGAGCGGAUGGGUUAUUAU